UAACAGCACAACUGGGCAGUGACCACACUCUGGUCCUGGUCGCCCUGGAGGAAUGGCUGCCUUCCCCAGCCUGAGAAUUACAGGGGGCAGCGAGAUGGGGGAAGCUACCGACAGUAUUCAUCACACCAUGGCUGCCACUUACUACGCACUGUCGGUCCUGCCAACCACUACUUCCAGGCGCGAGUUAAGGUCCUCGGAGGCCCCUAAGCACUGACAAGAUCUCCUGAUGCCUCCCUCUGGCGAUGGGCCUGGCCCUGCUCGCGCUCUGCCUGCUGGCGCUGCCCCGCGAUGCCCGCGCCCGGCCCCCAGAGCACCUGGUCGGAGGCCUUCAGGACCUGUUGCCCAGCGACCCGCAGGUGCAGAAGGCGGCGCAGGCGGCCGUGGCCAGCUACAACAUGGGCAGCAACAGCCUCUACUACUUCAGAGACACCAACAUCAUCAAGGCACAGAGCCAGCUGGUGGCUGGGAUCAAGUACUACCUGACCCUGGAGAUGGGGAGCACAGCCUGCCGGAAGACUGCGGUGUUUGGAGACCAUGUAGACCUCACCACCUGCCCUCUGGCUGCAGAUGGGGAGCAGGAGAAGCUGCACUGUGACUUUGAGGUCCUGGUGGUUCCCUGGGAGAACUCCUCCCGCCUUCUGAAGCACAACUGUGUGCCCAUGUAGACCCCUUCCGGCACGGAGCAGGAGGAGGGGACGGAAGAGCAGGGUGGGUGAGAGGGUGGGGGACACUAAUGGCCCCACGGGCCAAAUCUGUCACAAUA